AUGUGUUCCCUGUACUCAACUCAAUUAUCCAACGAACUCUCAUCUGUUACAGGUCCAAAGGUCAACCACAACCGAUUAUUGGAAUUUCGUGCCACCAUUCAGGAAUCCAAUCAAGUGGGUCAGGAAUUCCAGGUGAAGUCGGCGACGCUGUGGCUGAAGGCGGAUGUGCAACAUCGCUACGGAACUACAUCGACGAACAUGUGUCGUACAACCGAUUUGUUCGUCUUUAAAGUCAUAUCGAGGACGUUGCCUGAAUCUAUCACCCUUAGUUCGAGAGAUUUCGAUCGCCUUACGUCAGACCCCAUUUCUAUAGCCUUAGAGGAGUCGCACACUGGCUGGCAGAAAGUCGACCUCACAGAAAUUGUUCGUGAAUGGUUAGCUAAGUCUAAAGAUCAAAAAUUAAAACUUUUUGUUGACUGUAGCUGUUGUUCAAAUUGGCACAUCCAUCUUUUUAACAAUAAAAACGAGAAAAAUCGAAAAACGAACAUCAAUAGGCCGUUUCUAGUUAUACAUACCGAUCCCAGUACAGCGAAAAGAGUUAGACGAAGAGCAAUAGAUUGUGCCGAAGAUUCUGGCAACACAUGUUGCAAACAACGAUUUUAUGUUAGUUUUAGAGCAUUAGGUUGGGACGACUGGGUAAUAGCACCUCAAGGGUACUAUGCAAAUUACUGUCGUGGUGACUGUGGACAUCAUCGUACCCCAGACACGUACGUCACGUACCAUACGCACGUCAUUGAGGAAGUGCGCAAAACGCAGCAUCUUUCAGGUAUGACACCAUGUUGCGCUCCCUUGAAAUUUUCCAGCAUGAGUUUAAUAUAUUACGGACCGGACUCGACCAUCAUCAAAAGAGACUUACCUAAGAUGGUAGUGGACGAAUGCGGUUGUCCGUAA